GUCAAGAAGCGUCCAGGCAAUAUGCCAUCCGCACAACCUCCUGCGUUGCUUGCAUCCAACUUGUCGGAGCCUUCGUACUCCCCUACCGCAGCUAGUGCAUCUACCAACGUAGAUGAUCGCCAUGACCGGUCUUCAUCAACUCCUACCGUCAACUCAGCACGUCAAGGAGGCGCUAGCGGGGAGAAGGAAAAGCCCCGCCUGACAGAACAAGAGAAGAAGAACAAUCACAUUGCGUCCGAGCAGAAGCGACGCGCAGCAAUUCGCGAAGGGUUCGACAGGCUUACCGAGCUUGUUCCGGGCCUGGAAGGCCAGGGCCGCAGCGAAAGCAUUGUGCUCAAAAAGACCGUGGACUUUAUUCACCUGAAGAUGCAAGAGCGCAAGGAGCUUAUUGCAGAGAUCGAACGCAGGGGCGGAUGCAUCAACGAAAAUUUACGAACGUGA